GCGGCGGCGGCUGUUAGUUCGACCAGAGCUCUCGAACGACCAGGACGCGCGUCGCUCCGUGCGCAGAAUCGAAACAUCCGCGCAGUCCUGCAUGUAGUGCGAGUGCGAACCCUAACGAAGCCCUAGGAUGCGUGUGCCGGCCUCGGCCUGAGAGUGGAUUACCUUCGCCUUCGCCGCGCCCAGGAGAUAUGGUCGAGGUUAUGGAGCGGAGAUGAGUGCCGCGUGAUGGGGCAGAGGCCCCCCUCGCCCCCGGACCCGCCCCCGGCCCCGCCGCCCCUGCGAGCCGCCCCCGCCGCCAACACGGGGCCGCUCUGGCUGGCCCUGCUCGUGCUGCUCAUCAACUUCGCAGCAGCGCUGGGACACGGCCAUGGCGCGGUGUGCGACCUGGACGCGUGCACGCGGGCCUACGACGAGUCCCUGGAGAGCCGCGGGCUGGCGGGCCCCGAGGGCUCGGCCGCGUACUGCGGCGUGCUCUACGACUUCGGCAUCUGCAUGCACAACAUCCGGCGGGCGUGCAGGGGCAACCUCAACUACCACACGUCCAACACUAUGUUGAUCCACUUGAAGACGAUAUUCGAAUGCGCUAAACGACUCCAGCAGGAGACGGGGUCGGCGACGGGCGUCCCGCGGAAGCACGGGCGGCCGCCGCUGCCGCCCUCGACGCCGCGCCCCGACCGACCCUCGACGAUGGCGCCCCCCGAGGCCGCGCAGGCCGGGCCCGAGUGCAGCUACCGGGGCUCGCGCAACCUGCGGCACUGCGGCCUGUUCGGCGACCCGCACCUCAAGACGUUCAAGGGCAACAUGCAGACGUGCCGGGUGCAGGGCGCCUGGCCGCUCGUCGACAACCCCUACCUCGCCGUGCAGGUCACCAACGAGCCCGUGCUCUUCGGGUCGCAGGCGACGGCCACCACCAAGGUGACGGUGCUGGUCAAGGGGUCGGCCACGCCCUGCCUGAACCAGACCAAGACGUACGAGGCCACGGCGGACGCGCCGCUCCCGGACACCUUCAUCGACGGCACCAACAAGUCCGGCCCGGGCGAGGCGGUCACCAUCCGGUACCAGGACACGGCCUUCGGGUCCCUGGUGGAGAUCCGGAUUCGAUACAUCGAGACCACCGUCAUUGUGAGAAAGGUGGGCCGCUACCUGGCCUUCUCCACGAGCAUGCCCGACGAGCUCGUGUCGUGGCACUCGGGGCAGGGCGACGACCAAGGAACCGACGGUGUGCAGUUGUGCGUCCAGGGCUGCCCGCUGUCCGAGAUCAUGGACUUGGACAGCGAUCGUGGUCACGUGUUGUCGUGGGCGGACGCCCUGGCCAAGUGCGUCGCCAAGACGUCGUCCUCGCCGCCGUCCACCUCCACCAUGGCGGCGGCGGACAGCAACGAGGGCCUCGGCGACCUCACGGACCAGUACCUGGACUGGUGCGUGUUCGACCUCAUGACCACGGGCAAGGAGGACUUCGUCCUGGCCGCGCGCUCCGCCCACCGCGACACCCUGGCCAUGGACCCUGGCGCGGCGGGCAACCUCCGCAACAGGACGGCGGCGCAGGACGUGGGCGCGGGCGCGGCGGGUGGCGCGAGCGCGGCCAGCACCACGGGGGCGGCGGCCGCCGCGGGCGCCCCGGGGGCGCUGCUGCUGCUCGCGCUCGCGGGCGCGGUGCUGGCCGCCCCGCGGAACCAGCCCAGGUAGCCCAGACGCGUCGAGGAGGACGCGCUGACAUCAGCUGGUUCUGCCUCGGCGUUAUUCCACACCUCGCUGACCGGAAGCGCUCAGGGGAACGCGCCCGCGUGGCACCCCCAUGGCACACCCCGCACUCUGGCCGGCCUGAACCGGACCGCGAGGGCGGCUGUGCACUAUUGUCUGUGAUCAAACACUGUUGUGAGUAAGCCCCAACUUCCAUCCACCAACUUUUUCCUUCCUUUGCCUUCAAGCUAGCCGGCUUGGCGUGCCUGAAUUUGAUAUUUGCCCAUUUUAUUGUUUGACGGCCUUCAAUAGAAAACUGUUUUCCCUCAUUCAUCCAAAGACUUUGUGAAAAAUAAUUGCUGCAAAUGAUACUUAAUUCUCUCCAUUCUGGCCGAUGAUAUUACCAAAUGGAUUUUAAGCUCUAAAUAUAAAAAGUCAGGAUUUUAAAAGUUUUAUGUUUUUAACUAGUCAUAAAUUGAAUUUAAGACCUCUUGCUCUCUUGCACCUAAUGCAAGGGAUGCUCCUCUUUUAUUUGAAAAUCCCAGUGGGGGAAUAUUUUGGUAAAGAGCUUUGAUUUUUGUUACUCUGCUAAAAAUGACUUUGGGAGCCAUCAAAACUCAAGAACUGCUGAAGUGGUGUCCCAAAAAGUAUUUUAAGUCCUGUAUCUAUUCUAGCAUUUAUUAUGUGUUGAAGGCUCCCAAGUAACAGAGAUGUCUGUUACCUGGGAGGGUGAAAUUUUUUAAAUGAAGGAUGUUUUUAUUCUGUUAAACCCUUGGCUACUAUGUGAAAGCCAAAUUGAACUGUGAUAUGAAUUUUAUUUUUAAAAAACUUGUAAAUAGAGUGUACAGGAUGUCUGAAUUUGUGUGAUUCUGUGUGUGGAUAUGUUUUACAUUUGUUGUUCUGUGACAUCUGAAAGCCUUAGCUUGAAAGAUAUUGUGAUCUGUCAUUCACCUGUAAUUCUGUUUUGGUUUUCAAAACUUCAGCUUGGUGUCGAGUAAAAUGUGUCUCCACCUUCGUCCAAUACUAAUGACCAUUUGCUUUUGGUAUUGUAAAUUUACUAAAUUUGACAAAAUUUCUUUGAGGAGGUUGAUUGAAAAUGUAUGGUUGAUACUGUUUAGAGUAAUAUAGAAAGAGAAGUAUUUAUUUAUAAAAUUCUUGUGAUACUAAGAGCAGCUACCUAGCAAAAUACAUUUGUUUUUCUUAUGUAUUUUUCAGUACUAUUAGUUUGCUGUGUGUAGGCACAGUCAAUAUUCUACCCAGGAAUGUGCAGAUGUAUUUUAACUUCUUCACUCACAUCUUUUGAUAACAAGUCAGUAUAGAUCAUAGAUAGAUUAUCAUCGAAAUCCCACCAUCUUCGAUCUUGUGUUAAUUUAUAGUCCAAGCAAGGAAUAGGGCACAUAUUUUUCUUUUGCUGGUUUGGCUCCAUAGCCUUUUCUUCUUUGGUAAAAUUUUUGGAGCUAAGCCUGGCCUGGUGCCACUAUGUAUUCUUUUACUUUCCUUAAGACUACUUUUAGUUGUCUGACGCAGAUAGUAAAAUUGUUUGAUCAAAUCAGAUUUGUAACAAAUGGUAAAUGAUAUAAUGUACUGUAUCUGUGCUCUCCUGGGGUCAUGAAUAUGACUGUCUCUAAUGAUAGAUGAUUCAUCUGAAAUGUAAAUAAUUUUGUAAAGUGACUGUAUAUUUGAAAGAAGGAAUCCUGAUAAGUAUUUCAUCUCAACUUUUAUUCUUUUUUAUGAAUCUUUUGUGAUUCCACUGAAAAUUAAAGGAUUGGAGGAGGUGUUGAGACUUGUCAGGACUCCGGUACCCGUACAUUGGUAUCUGCUAUUGUAGAUAUAAAAUGUACCAAUAAUUGUGAUCAUUAUAAAUGCUAAAAAUUAUAAUAUCAAUAACCUAA